AUGGGUAACUUCUCCGGUCACUUCUCGCACCGACAAGGUCCAAGAAAUGGACCACAGCAGCACUACCACCACCAGCAGCAACAACAGCAACAACAACAAACUCUGACUCCAGCAAAAUCCAUGCCCUCAUUGGAUCCCUCCAACCUUCGACAGAGCUCGCGAUCCUUCCACCACCGUGGUGGCGGUGGGGCUGGAAGUGGUUUUCGCCCGCAGCAGCCUCCGCCACCGCGUUUUCGCCACAACUCGUUUAGGUCAUCGGGUGGGCCUGUCGUAUCCCGGCAAACUCCUGAACGUUCAAUGGUACCGCCACCACCACCUCCGUUCCCACCCCCGUCUCCGUCCAAGCCGACUCCCGCAUUUUGGCCGCCUCCACCUGCCCCCAAGGGCACUGACGGCCAAUGGAUACGGGGCAAUGUCAUCCGCAGUAAAGACAACCACAUCCGUCGAGUAGCAGCUAUCGGUACCCAGUCGAAUGGCAUUUCUAAGGCUCAUGCAGCUAGUGACAGUCCAUUCGUUAACGUGGAAGAGGAUGACGAAGACGACGGUUACAUUGACGACAAUCCUCUGGACGAUUUGGACCAAUUCACCUUGAAGAUUGACAUGGAUGGAGGCUUUAUUGUCUAUGAUGCAACUAUCUGUGAUCCAAUUCUUUCAAAACCUAUCAGUUCAUGGAUUGAUGAUGCGGCGAGUGAAGCAAACGAUAGUGACGCCGAACGGAGAGAUGGUAGACAGGGUUCGAUAUCAUCACCACCCUCUCAAAAGGCUACGACCAGUAAAACAAAAACACCAGCAGAACGGGCAGGAAAGGAGGUGCUAGAUAUGGAAUCCUACAUAUUUUCCAACUCCUCUCUCACAACCUCUGGUGUAUCCACACUUUCCAGUUUGGAUUGUCGUCUAGUUGGAGAGGAUGUUCAGGUGGUGUCAAUUCAAAGGUCAUUCAGUGCGGAUAACCUCGACAAGUUUUCAAAGCCACGUGAGUUAGGAUUUGGGUCUGAUAAGGGGGGAAAGCGUCGACCUCCAGACGUCUGGUUGGAUGAGUAUAUGCGUUGA